GAAAGCUCUGGCUGCCUAUCACCAGACCAGCUGGGAGAUGCCCUGCGUUUGGCUGGCACGAACCCGACGCAUCGAGAGGUGUCUGCGCUUCUGGAGCGCCUGGGCCACCCCAGUGCCUUCGACGCAGCCGCGCUGGGCCAGGUGGUCGAGGACGCCCUCAACGAGUGGCUGUCGAAGGACCAGGCAUCGGAGCUUCUGAGCAGCCUCCGGCUUUUCGAUCCAUCCGGCAGCCGACGGCUCUCCACGCAGGAGUUGCAGCGCAUCAUGCAGAUGGGAGGCUACAACUUCAGCGAGAAGGAUCUAGAGGAGAUGCUUCAGUAUGUCAGCGUGGACAGCCAGGGGACUGUGGACUACACCGAGCUCGUCUCGAACUAUUUCCUUGCCCCGGAGAGCCGCGUCGUCGGGACGACUCAGGCACGACCGAGAGCCAAAAGCGACUACCCGCUCGCACGCUUCCGGAGGGCGGUGCGGAAGCUGAGGAUGCUGCGGAUGGUGGCUUUCACGACCCACAGCAGCUCCUUCACCGCUGAGAAUGCCGUCGGGGUGGUCGAGGCAAACCUGGCCAUUGACGAAGAGUUUGAGCAGGUUAUGAAACGGAUGAACCGGGGGCGAACCACAGUGAUCCGAGACUAG